AUGGCGGCUGCCGGCCUUCUCCCGGUGACCCAGGACCUGCCCACUCUGCAUGCUAAGUUGCAGGGGCUGCUAUGGUUCCUCAGGGACGCUUUAUCCAUUUCGAAUGCCCAUACGGUGGACUUUUACACAGAGUCCCUGUGGGAAGAGCUGGUCGACUUGCCCCCGGAGACGGUGCUCGCGGCGCUGAGGAAGUCGGCGCUGGAGCCGCAGGCCCGGCUUGCGGAGUCGCGCCCCCUGCUGGAAGCAGAGAUGGGGUCAGGUAUUACUGAUUUUCCCAAAAUAUUUAGUGAAACUUCUCAGAAGCUGGUGAGUGCAGAAGCCUUUGCUCUGGCUGCAAAAUGUUUUUCCAUGCAGAACUUGGGAAUAUGUACUCCUUUUGAACAGUUGCUUGUAGCCCUUCAAGGAAAUCAAAAGCAGAAAACUGGUGAAAAUGUGAAGCCAGUUGAGUUUAUGAAUGUGAAAAAAUCUCAUGAAGUUCAGGCAAUGUCAGAGCUGAUCAGCAGUAUUGCUGAUUACUGUGGAAUCAAACAGAUAAUUGACUUGGGUUCUGGUAAAGGCUACCUAAGCUCCUUUUUGUCCUUGAAAUAUGGCUUAAAAGUGUAUGGAAUUGAUUCCUCAAAUACUAAUACUCAUGGAGCUGAAGAGAGAAACAGGAAAUUGAAGAAACACUGCAAACUCUAUCAUACUCAGUCAAGAUUGGAUGUCAGUGGACUGACAUUAAAAAUGGCAACAGAGACCAAAGAACGAAAUGAAAUGAAAUAUAAAGCAGGUAUUGCGGAAAUUUGUAACAACAGACCGGCAAAUCAAGAAAAAAUAUCAGCCUCAAAUUUUUUGCCAGCUGUUUCAGAAUCUGUAAUUUCUCACAUCAGAAAAAAAAUGGAAAACCUACGUACUCAGUCACAUCUAGAAGAAAAUUUUUGUUUUGAUAAUGCGUUGUCCCUUAUAGACCUUUUGCCUGUUAAUUCCUCAGAGCCUACUUCUUCAUCACAAAUACCUAGUAAAGAAAUAGAAAUGCUUGAAGAAAAUAAAGAGAGAAGAAAAAUGACAUCAAAGUCACAUGAAUCAAAUAUUUAUUCACCUUUAACCUCUUUUAUCACUGCUGAUUCAGAACUGCAUGAUAUUAUUAAAGAUCUGGAGGAUUGUUUGAUGGUGGGUCUACAUACCUGUGGUGAUCUUGCUCCAAAUACUCUGCGAAUAUUUACUUCCAACUCUGAAAUCAAGGGAGUUUGCAGUGUGGGUUGUUGCUACCACCUCUUAUCUGAAGAGUUUGAAAACCAGCCUAAAGAAUGUCCUCAAGAAACGUGGGGAUUUCCAAUGUGCCGCUAUUUAAAGGAAGAGAAGUGGUGCUGUGGUCGCAAUGCCAGAAUGUCAGCCUGUUUGGCAUUGGAGCGAGUUGCAGUUGGCCAAGGGCUGCCUACUGAAUCACUCUUCUAUCGUGCUGUUCUUCAGAAUAUUAUAAAAGAUUGUUAUGGCAUCACCAAAUGUGAUCAACAUGUUGGUAAAAUUUAUUCCAAAUGUUCUUCCUUUCUGGAGUAUGUCAGAAAGUCUCUUAAGAAGCUUGGAUUAGAUGAAUCAAAACUACCAGAAAAACUUAUAAUGGAAUACUACGAGAAGUAUAAGCCUAGAAUGAAUGAACUGGAAGCUUUUAAUAUGUUGAAAGUUGUUCUGGCUCCUUGUAUAGAGACACUGAUUCUUCUGGAUCGACUUUGCUACCUUAAAGAGCAGGAAGAUAUUGCAUGGUCUGCACUCGUGAAGUUGUUUGAUCCUGUGAAAUCUCCCAGAUGUUAUGCUGUUAUUGCUCUGAAGAAGCAGCAGUGAUUUCAGUUGAAGCAAAUUAUUCGAUGUAUCUGUUGAAACUGUUGCUAAGAUUGCAUUUCUAAACACGAAUGUCCUAUGGUGUAAAUAUUUUUAAAUCACUGCUAUAUAUUUUAAAUAAACAAUGAAAUAAUGGCUAACAGAAAGUCAUAUUCCACUUUUUUCAUUGCACAAGCAUACACUAAUAAAAUAAGCACCCGUGAAAAUAUUAUGAAAAGGUCGACCUGCAUUCCUGAGUUGGUAUGUCAAUAGGACAUUGUAAUCUGAGUUGUAAUUCUUGUUCAAUAUUUGAGAUUCUUGAUAUUUGCUACAUAUAACAUUUUCACUUUUAAUGAAUAAAAGCAGAUGAAAGGUACGAGUGUAGAUAGAGUUGUAAAUUAGUUGUAUUUGAAGAUUAUUUGCAUUUUCAUUUGGAAGAGUUGUCCACAUUACCAAAAGGGAAAAAUCUACUUCUAAAGGGAAGAACAACCCAGGAACCAAGCCAGCUAUACAAAUUGCCUAAUAUAAAGCACAUUUUGCGCUGUUCUUUAAGUUACUUCUGGCAAUAUUCUAUACUGUUAAAGAAGUGAACAUCUUGUAAGUGAGCUAUUCACUCUAAGGAUUCGUGGGACUAUUUGUCUUACUGAAACAAGGUGACGGGUUGGCACUUCAUGGAAUUACCUUAUGUUCUCUAAAGCAAUCCUGAAUAAAGAGUGGACAGAAUGAAGCCAGCAUCCUGCUCAGAACGGAGCAAGUUCCUUUCAUUAGCAGAAAGCUUGUGGUUUCUAAUGCACAAAGAAGAAAUGGACAGCUAGGAUCAAGUGUCCUUCAUGCCGAGCCAAAGAGAUUAUAAAGUUCUUCAAAGCAGAAAAAGUAACUUUCUUAAAUUUUGCAGUCUCCGCAUAGAUGAGGAGAGUAAUUGUUUUGCUGUAGGUUAUAGUAUUGAUACUGAGUUAGCAGGCAGGAUGUGUAUAAAUGAGCAGGUAGUUUGUACAGCAGUAAAAUAUUAGAUAAGAUUUCAAAACUAUCCAAAUAUGCAAAUCAGAAUAUAAGAACUCAUAUGUAGUCAUUCACAAACUUAAACAGUAAUCAGUAUUUUACCAAUCUUGAGUCCUGUGUACAAACUUGAAGGUACAUAAUGCCUACACUCCACCCACACCCAUCUCCCCUGGACACUUUUACACAAGCCCCAAGCAGUCUGUUAUUUCUCAUAAAUGCUUCACUAUAUAUGAGUGGAUUGCUAAAAAGUAAUGAAAAGCUUAUACUAUCUCUUAAUUCACAUUAUCCUUUUUUUUUAAGAUUUAUUUAUUUUACUUGAAAGUCACAGUUACACAGAGGAGAGGCAGAGAGAGAGAGAGAGAGAGAGAGAGAGGUCUUCAAUCCGCUGGCUCACUCCCCAGAUGGCCGCAACAGCCGGAGCUGCGCCAAUCCGAAGCCAGGAGCCAGAAGCCUCCUCCGAGUCUCCCACAUGGGUGCAGAGGCCCAAGGACCUGGGCCAUCCUCUACUGCCCUCCCAGGCCACAGCGGAGAGCUGAAUUGGAAGUGGAGCAGCGGCAUCUCAAACCAGCGCCCAUAUGGGAUGCCGGCACCGCAGGCAGCGGCUUUACCCGCUACACCACAGCACCGGCCCCCACGUUAUCUUUUAAUUGCUGCCCAUAGAACAUUGGUGGUUGUCCUCAUUCCCAUAUCUGCAGUUUGUUCUGUUAGUUUGUUCAAUUCAGAAUCCAAACCAGAGUUACGUAUUUACACUUGAUAUGACUCUGGUUAUUUUCAAAAUAGCAGCCUCCAUUUUUAAAAAUCUCAUGCCUUUUUUAUCUUUCUAAAAAUAAAAUCAGGUCAGGUCAUUUAUUCUAUAGACUAUUCCACUUUGAGAUUUAUCUAAUUAUGCCUUUGUAGAACUCCUUAAUGCAUUCACCCAUCCCAAAUAUUUCCUGUAAACGUUUAGAUCUAGAAUCUUGAUUAGAUGAGGAUAUUGUGUGUGUGUGUUCUAUACCUUCUGUUGUAUCACAUCAGGAGGUGUACCAUGAGUGCUGUCCCACAACUAGUGGUACUGAGAUUGAUCAGCGACUUCAUUUGGUUUGAGCCUGACUUACCAAGUAUAAAAUUUCCAUCAACCUUCCUCUUAAUGGUUUUAGCAACCACUAACAAUGAUUGAAAGCAGUAAGAGAGAAAAACACACUAUGAGUUGAUUUACCAUAUUCAUACUGCUUGCUUGGGAAUCCUCUCCAGUUUCAAUAUGACUGCAUUCUUCAUUAUUUUCUGCUAAAUUGCCUUUUUGUUUCCGCAUACUGGUACUUUAUUUCCUGGUAUUGUUUGCUGUAUAAGUAGCUGUCUUGAAGGACUAGAAAGCCCUUGCAGCCUAUUCUCUCUUCCCUUUCAUAACUCUACCUCCUGUUAAAAUUUUGAAAUUUUUAAGCCCUUCCCUAGUUCUCAUAUAUUCGUGUAACAUUUGUUUCUCUUUAUAAAUGCAGUUUUUAAAACCUCAUUUGUAAGACACCAGUUAAUAGAUAGAACUGAAUUACAACUGAUUUAAUGCAAGGAAACAUAGUAAUUUCCCUGUGUUUUAAGUGAAAUUGUAUUAAUUAAUAUUUUCCAUUUCUAUUAGUCAAAUGUAUUACAAAAAAAUUAAUCAAAAUGAAACAACCUGCAUGAUCACACUGAGACAGUGUUUCAGCAAAAAAAAAAAAACAAAAUAUUUUUAACAAGAUAGCAAUAUUUUUAGCAAUAUUUAGCAAGAUUGCAGCUUUAUACACAGUAAUCCCAUUGCAAUGUUUCCAGAACACCAUCUUGAAAAAACUGCUCUUUGAGAAAUACUUUUUGGUUGGGGCUGUAGUAGGUUAAGCUACCACCUGCUCUGCCGUCAUCCCAUAUGGGUGCCAUAUGAGCUUCAAAGAGCCUUAGGACCAGAAAGAGAUCUAUGUCAGGACAGAGCUACCACAGAAAGCCCUGACUAAGGCUUGUUCAGUGGAACUGAGAGUCAGAGCUGCCUUAGAGAGUCACCAGUUAAAGCAAUGCCUGGUAUAGCUGUGAGAGCAGCGCAUCUCCUAAGAGCCUACAACUGAAGAGCCAACUACAUGCAGCACCAACCUCGACAAGCCAUAGGCAUGUAAUCCCAAUGCAUGAGAGCUUUAGUGUGGGCUGGGCCCUUCAGAACUGUGCACACCUGAGGCCUUGAGGGCUCAACCCCUGCCCCACUGUACCCCAGGAUAUGAAGUUGAAGAUUACUCUCAGGGGCCGGCGCUGUAGCACACUAGGUUAAUCCUCUGCCUGAAGUGCUGGCAUUCCAUAUGGGCGCCAGUUCUAGUCCCAGUUGCUCCUCUUCCAGUCCAGCUCUCUGCUGUGGCCUGGGAAAGCAGUAGAAGAUGGCUCAAGUUGUUGGGCUCCUGUACCAGCAUGGGAGACCAGGAAGAAGCACCUGGCCCCUGGCUUUGAAUCGGCAUAGCUCUGGCCAUUUUGGCCAUUUGGGGAGUGAACCAACAGAAGGAAGACCUUUUUCUGUCUCUAUCACUGUCUGUAACUCUACCUGUCAAAUAAGUAAAUAAAAUCUUAAAAAAAAAGAUUACUCUCAAGCCUUUAAACCUUGAGGUAUCAUGUCUGCCCUGCUGGAUUUCACACCUAUUUGGAACUUGUUACUCCUCUGUUUUUCUGUUUUCCUAUUUCUCACUUCUAGAAUGGAAAUGACUAUGCUAUCCGUGUCCCACCAUUUUAUUUUAGAAGCAUAUAAACUUGUUUGAUGUUUGUUUGAGUCAUAUAGGGGAAACUUAAUCUCCAAUAGAUCUGUGGGUAGGUGUAGCCUCUAGGAUGUGGUUAGUUUUUGAGGGCUCCACCCUCAUGAAUGGAUCAAUGCGUCUAUGAGGAGGUUUUCAAGAAUGAGUUUAUUCUCUCUUGCCCUUCCUCCUUCCAUCAUGUGAAGACACAAUAGGGAGACUCAGAUCAGGUGCCAGCACAUUGAUCUGGGACAUUGCUGCCCUCAGAACCAUAAAAGAAUAAAUUUACAUUCUUCAUAAACUACCCAGUCUCAGCUAUAGUAUAUAUAAGCACAAACUAGAUGAAGCUAUUAUGAGAAUUAAGUGAAUCAAUAAGUGUUGGGAACUCCUCCAAAAUAGCACUAAAAAAAAAAAAAGUGAAGCUAAUUGUACAGGUGGAGCUUGCCUUGACAGUCAUGACCAUGUCUGUAAAAGGCAAAAUCAGGAAAAAAAUAUUUACAGGGCUGGUGUGUCUGGGUCAAAAGGAGUAGAACAGAGUGGAAUUUGAGAAAGUUCAUGAUGUAAUAUUUUAGGAUUAGUAUAUACAGCAAUUCAAGGGUCUCAAAGCAAGUCUUAAGAAAACUGUCACUGGAUAAGUAAGCUCUUUGCAAACGUGAGAAAACUGUUUGUCUGAGAUAAGUUAGAAUACUACAAUUUCCUGAAAUAAACAAUAAAAUUAUUUAUUGGUUUAGAGGCUUAUCUUUCCUAGGCAAAGUUUUCCUGUAACAAACAAAUAAAUCAUGUUGACACAGGUGGUUUCAGUUCUUAGACUCAAGAGCUCCAUCAUGCUGAUGUACACGGUUGUAGUUCUUGAUGUAAAAAACUUCAUGCUUGGCAAAUAAUGCAUAGUAUUUAUUUUUUAAUUUACUUGCAAGACAGAUGUAAGAGAUAGAUAGAUAGAUAGAUAGAUAGAUAGAUAGAUAGAUAGAGAUAAUAGAUGGAAUUCCCACUGAAGACUUCAAAUGCCCACAACAGCCAGGGUUGAGCCAGGUCAAAGCCAGGGGCCUGAAACUCCAUGUAGGUCUCCUCUAUGAGAAGCAGGAACCCAAAUACUUGAGUCAUCACUUGGUGUCUUCUAGGGCAUACAUUAUCAGGAAGCUGGAAUCAGGAGGUGAGCCAGGACUCAAAUUCAGGCAUCUCUGAUAUGGGAGGUGAGUUCUACAACUGACAUCUUAACUCCUGUACCAAACACCUGUUCCCCACUGCCCCCAGGCAUAGUAUUUAAUAGCUGUAUUUGUAAAAUGUGCUAGAAGGACAAAGUGGGAAGUUAAUCAUAUUUACAACAGUGAUUUUAUAGGAAAAAUGUGUGCUCUAAAUUGUAAUCAAUUUAAAAAAUGGAUUUUUAAUAUUCAAAAAUCAGAGAAAUUGUCCACUUUUCAGAGUAGAUUUGACUCCUGGAUUAAACACAUUACCUUAAAUACAUUAGUUUUACAGUAAUUUUGCUUGCUAGGAUGAUGUAUUACCUUCAGAUUAGUAUUAAUUUCUAGAUUAAUUUCUACCUACUAUGUUUCCGUCUUUUCUAACUUAGUGAUUAUUCCUAUAUCUAUUGGUGGAAAGCAAUGCAAGGACUAAUACAAAAAGUCCUUCCCCAUUACGUGCAUCUGAAGUUUAAUCUUUUAUUUGUGGUUCUAAUCAUCGUAUAUUAUUAUUUAUUGUUAAUAUGUAUUAUUAUUACACAGUUUAAUAUACAUCGUUAAUCUAUAGUCUUAUUCAUGAAAUUCCAUCAUUUCCUAGAGGGUUAUGAACUAAGUUGAUUAUUCUUUGUUUUGUUUAAUUUCUGGCUUCUUGCUAUUCUUGUCCAUUCUAUAAAGUUUCUUUUGUGGAAACAAGAAAACACAUUUUGUUUAAAUCUCUCCAACUUUAAUUAAUUACCCUAGAGCCAUAUAAGAAUAUUGCUGCCGUCAGUUUUUGGUAGAGACAUGCUUUUAUAGCAGACACAGUGAACAGGCUUCUAACCUUAAAUUCACUACUGGUCAUCCUGCCUUAAGAACCAUUACUCAGGAGGCCUAGAAUGAACAGGGGCACAAACGAGCCUCCUACAAUACUUCUGGGUGUAACUUCUAAAAAAUGACUCCAUCACCAACCUGCCACUCUGGAAUCAUGGUGGAAUGCAUCACCCCAACACUAUUAGAAAUACGACUUUUUUUUAAAGAUGUAUUUUAUUUAUUUGAAAGACAGAGUUACAGAGAGAGGUAGAGACAGAGAGAGAGGUCUUCUAUCCACUGGUUCACUCCCCAGAUGGUUGCAAUGGCUGGAGCUGUGCCAAUCUAAAGCCAGGAGCCAGGAGCCUCCUACAGGUCUCUCACAUGGGUGCAGUGGCCCAACAACUUGGGCCAUCUUCUACUGCUAUGCCAGGCCAUAGCAGAGAGCUGGAUCGGAAGAGGAGCAGCCAGGUCUCGAACCGGCACCCAUAUGGGAUGCUGGAGCUUCAGACCAAGACUUUAGCCUGAUGUGCUAUGGUGCCGGCCCCAGAAAUAUGAUUUUUUUUCUUAGCAUUUACCACAGUCUCUGCAACAUAAACACUGAGAUCACUAUUUGCCACAUGAAUGUAUCAUCAGCCUUAAAUCACUUACCAAAAUAGCCUACAGAAAGCGGUACCUUUGCUUCACACAUUUGUGUGUAUUAACCUAUUUAAUCCUAACAACAAUUCACAAAGCAGGUCUGUCAUUAUCCCCAUUUUGUAUAUUAGAAAACUAGCAAACAUUAACAUUAAUCUUCUCUGCAAAAAUUGUCAUUCUAGGCUUCACAGUAUUCAUACAAUUUCACCAUCAAGAUUUUCUACAAAUAAAUGUCUGGUACACUAUCAAAAAUGACCUAACAUGCGUACAGGGAGGUUAAAAAUUAAUAGGAACUACAGAAUAGAAAUAAACCCAUAGAUUUCCCAUGUAUUUCAGUUGUUAGACAUAACCCAGAAAUGAAGAGAGUGAGAAUUUCAGCAGAAAACUAGAAGCUAUAAAGAAUGCAAAUUCUGGCCGGCGCCGCGGCUCACUAGGCUAAUCCUCCGCAUUGCAGCGCCGGCACACCGGGUUCUAGUCCCGGUCAGGGCGCCAGAUUCUGUCCCGGUUGCUCCUCUUCCAGUCCAGCUCUCUGCUGUGGCCUGGGAGUGCAGUGGAGGAUGACCCAAGUGCUUGGGCCCUCCACCCGCAUGGGAGACCAGGAUAAGUACCUGGCUCCUGUCUUCGGAUCAGCACGGUGUGCUGGCCGCAGUGCGCCGGCUGUGACGGCCAUUGGAGGGUGAACCAACAGCAAAAGGAAGACCUUUCUCUCUAUCUCUCUCUCUCACUGUCCACUCUGCCUGUCAAAAAAAUAAAAAAAUAAAAAUAAAUAAAAAUAAAAAAAAGAAUGCAAAUUCUGGCCGGUGCCGCUGCUCACUGGGCUAAUCCUCUGCCUGUGGCGCUGGCACACCGGGUUCUAGUCCCGGUUGGGGCACCAGAUUCUGUCCCAGUUGCCCCUCUUCCAGUCCAGUUCUCUGCUGUGGCCUGGGAAGGCAGUGGGCCCUGCACCUGCAUGGGAGACCAGGAAGGGCACCUGGCUCCUGGCUUCAGAUCAGCGCGAUGCGCCGGCCACAGCGGCCAUUGCGGGGUGAACCAAUGGAAAAGGAAGACCUUUCUCUCUGUCUCUCUCUCUCUCACUGUCCACUCUGCCUGUCAAAGAAAAAAAAAAAAGGAAAUUCUAGAAGUGAAGAAUACGUUAAGUAACAUCAAGAAUGAGUUAAAUGGGCUUAAUAGAGUUUAGACACAGCUGAAGGGUGAAUUAAUGAACUUGAAAGAAUUUGAAAUUAAGAAUUCAAAUGAAGCCCAGAGAUAGAAAAAGAUCAGAAAACCAGAUAAGGCACAUUGAGAACAUCUAGCAUAUAUAACCGGAGUUUCAGAAGGAAGGAUAAAGUAUGGGAAGGAAUUACUUUUGAAAAAAUAAUGACUCAGAAUAUUUUUAAAUGAAAAAUAAUCAAGUCACAGAUUUAAGAAGCAAAUUAGAAAAUGCAUAUCUAGGCAAAUCAAAAUUGCUAAAAAGCAGAAACAACAUGAAAGUCUAAAACCUGGCCAGCAAUGACAAACCACAUCACUACUUAGAAACAGCUAUUGGUCUGACACUGAGCUUCUUGGUAGAACCAAAAGCCUCCACAAGACAAUUGAGCUAUAUUGCUGAAGGAAAACAUGUAAUUCCAUUUUGAACAGCCCUUGUCUGGACUGUUGAGAAACAGUUUUGUUUUGUGCAUACUAUUUGUUAAACUCUUUACUUAGUGUAGGGUUAAUCUUAUGAGCAUAAAGUUAAUUGAAAAUAGAUCUUUGUAAAAAUAAAAAUGGGAAUAGGAGAGAGAGAAGGAAGAAGGGCGGGAGUGUGGGAAAGAGGGAGGGAAGGGAGGAAGAAUCCCUAUGUUCCCAAAUUUAUGUAUGUGAAAUGCAUGAACUUUGUAUUUCUUAAAUAAAAGGUUUCUAGGUAAAAAUACUAUACACCAAAUAAUAAUAAUAAUAAUAAUAAUAGUUAAGGUGAAAUAAAGAUAGCUUCAGAUAAAUAAUAGAAUUGCAGUGGCUUUUCUGUACUAAAAUAAUAAUGGGUAUUCUUCAAGCAGAAGAGAAACUGUUCAAGAUAAAAGAUUGUGUAAUAUAGAACAAAGGAAGGCCAGCAAAACAUCUAAAUUAUGGGUAAUUCAGACGACUGUUGACAGCAAUAGUAAUAAUAAUAAUAAUAAUAAUGGUGCCACAAAUUAAAUUCCAAAGAAUAAUUCUCAGAAUGGGGUUGGAGAUAUCUGAUUGAGCUCACACAUUGGGUAGAAGAGUGACACAAAGGGAAUAAAAAGGACAAAAGCAGAUUUUAUUCUGGGUUUGCGCUGCUCUGCUAAGAUGGCAGUGUUAACCCAGAUGGUCCCAAGCACCAGAGAGGAUUCCAGUGUGCAGGAACCCUUGAGGUAUGGGGCUCAAGACAAGUGACCCUGUAGCCCAGAUGAGAGUGUGGUAUGGGUCCUCAUUCUCUCCCCCUCAAAAAAGACAAAAGAGAGAUAAAAAAAAAAAAAAAACAUAGAACAGGACAUUUAGAAAGUAAAAAAUGAGAUUGGUAGACUUCCGAUAUAUCAGCAAUUAAAUCAAAUUUAAAUUAAAUCAUUCAAUUAUGACACAAAGAUUUUCUAUUUGGAAAAAUAAAGCCCAAAAAUAUGCUAUUUGGAAGAGAUACCAAAUGUUAAAAUUACUGAGAGGGAAAAAGGCAUACUUGUAAAAACUCAACAGAAGGAAGCCAUGUCAGUGUCAAAAUGGACUUUAAGUAAUAUUUUAAUUAAUGUAAGACAAAAAAUAUUCUUAAUGAUGAAAUAUCCCUCAUAACUGAAAACUUUUCAAUUUUCCAGGAAAACAUAAUAAUUCUGAAUUUAUAUUCAGCUGAAAAUAUAAUCAUGAAAUAUAUAAAGUAAAAUUAACUACAAUGACUACAAACAAAAGUAGAUAAAUACAUAAUCAUGUGAGAUUAUAUACAUACUCCUAGUUAUUAGAUGGAUAAAGCAGAUAGAUUAGAAAAAUGAAGGUAUGACAUCUGUAUGAUGUGUUUUGUAAUUGGCCCAGUAAACAAAUGUAGUACACUUUACCCAGUCACCACUGAACAUGUAGCUUAUUCAAGCACACAUAGAAUUUUAAAAUAUUGACAUGCUGGUCUUUAAAGUAAAAUUCAAUGUAUUUCAAGCGUCUGAAAUCAUAUACAUUGUUUCUGACUACACUGUAUUUAAGCUAAAAAAAGUAUUUUAAAGAUAUAUUUUAAAAUCGCCAUGUGCUUUAAAUUUUAGAGCUAUACAGCUAAAUAGCUUUUGGAUCAAAUAAAUCAUAGUGGAAAUUAGAAAACAUUUUUAUGUGAAUAAUAAUGAAAAAUUGAAUUGUAGUGAAAAAAAUUACAAAGUAAAACCUGUGGAACGGGAUAAAAAUCAUACUAAAAGGAAGAACAUUAGCUUCAAACAUGAGUAUAUUUCUACUUACUGCUUGUUGAGUUCUUUAUUUAGUGGAGGGUUAAACUUGUGAUUAUAAAAUAAACUGAAAGUAUGUCAUUGUAAAAAUUAAAGAAAAUUAGAAAAGGUAGAGGACUCAGUUUGGGAGCAUGGGCAGGAGGCAGUGGAGGGUGGGAAGUAUCACUAUGCUCUUAAAUCUGUGUAUUUGAAAUACAUGAAAUUUGUUCACCUUAUAUAAAAAAUUUUUAAAAGAAGUAAAACCCAUUAAAGACUAAAAAAAUCAAAAGAUUAGUAGUUAGUAAAAGAAAAAAAAACACACAGAGAUGACUAAGACAUCAAAAACUUAGUUGCUAGAUAGCUACUAUGCUGGAAACUAAAGGUUGAAAAGAAAUAUUUUAACAUUACUAUAGUUCUUAAUCUUCCUGAGUUUAUAAGUUAGUCAUUGAAUCACAAUAUAAAUAUAUGGAAGAGUUAAUAUUUAAAUAAUGACUUUGGGGCAGAGGAAAAGAAAAUUGCUACACAAAUACAGAAUCCUAGAAUCAUUCACUUCGGUCCUAUUCUCCUUGUUAAUUAUAGUUUCCGUUACAUUGUUUUAAAAUGUGUUCAGUAGAAUGGCUUGUUUUCAUUGAAUAGAACUGUUUAAGAAAUAAUCUGCUGUAUGAAAUAUGUGCUCUGGUUAACCUGUGACCAAAGGAACUCCUUUCCCCCAAACCUCCCCAGAUGGCUUGUACUUGGCCGGCGAUGCUACUGUCUGUGUGCAUGGGAAUUUAUUAGUUGAUGUAUUUAUCUCAGUGGAUUGCCUCAUUAAGUUUGCAGAUGUUCUGUCAAUGGAAGGAUUUUUUUUUAAAACCUUGCUGUUUUUAUUAGAAUUUUCCAGUGCACAAUCCAGCAUAAGAGAAUUAACACAUUUCAACACAGAACAAAGUAGCAUGUAUUUAUACCUCAUGGGAGGAAACGCCUUUAACUUGUGCUAAGACAGCUAUGAUUGAACAUGCUGAAUUUUAGAAAAAUAGACAAAGUUUGCAAAUUCCAGCCUAAAAUUCUCCACGUACCUCCUGUCAGUCAAGAUGGGAUUUUUGUGUGCCUUAGCUGAUCCUGUUGAAUUAAAUGCACAUACAUUCUGAGUUAGCUGCCACUCAGAAAAGAAGCCACAGACUUCUAAGACCUCUGCGGCUCCUAAGAAAAGAACUUGAUCUGAAUGGUGGUUUUCCAUCAAGCAAAGUGAACUCGAAUAACAAACAUGAAGGGAAAGAUAAAACAAUUCCCGAUACCGAUGAUAAUAACAGACAUUUCGGAUUUCUGGUAGUUUCAGGAUAUUUCUAGUUUUAGUAGACAGUGUAACUGUAUAAGUAAACUUCUGUGAAUAAAUGCAUGAGGCAAAUUUUAAAUCACAAACGAAAAGUACCAUUUCUGUACGUCCACUUUAACUCAAAAGGGCAGAACUAAAAAUAAAAUUGAAGACUAAAGAGGGUUCACUUGUAACGUAUAAAUGUUGGACAUUUUUCUAUGUAAACAGACAAGGCCUUUAAAGGUUUCACAUUUCCAUUCACAUGACAGCUGCUAUUGGGUGUAGGAAGUUCAGAAAGCCAGCCACUCCUUAACAGCAAGUACAGUGUACUGAAGAAUGAUUUUGAAAGAUUUUGAAGUUCAACCUUUAGCAUAUGAGAAUUGAAAGCUGUCACAAGAUGAAUUAUUUCUUAGGUAAGUUUUUCUCUCACUUAUAACAAUAUUUAUAUUACAAUUAGAUUUGAAAUUGUUUCACAAGCACACUUUAUAUUUAGUUCUCUAUCACAGUUUUUUUAAAAGAAACCUUUUACUGAAUGAGUACAAAUUUUAUUUGUACAACUUUAGGAAUAUAGAGAUUCUUCCCACCAUACCCACAUUCCCACCCCACCUCCUCCUCCGUCUCUCAUUCCCAGUCCCAUUCUCCAUUAAGAUUCAUUUUCAAUUAACUUUAUACACAGAAGACCAACUCUAUACAAGUAAUCAUUUCAACAACUUGCACACAUACACACAAAAUAUAAAAACUGUUUGAGAACAAGUUUUAUAGUUAAUUCUCACAGUACAACUCAUUGAGAACAGAAGUCCUGCAUAGGAAGUAAGUACAGAGAAACUCCUGUUGGUAAUUUAAGAAUUAGCACUCUUAUGUAUGAAGUCAGUGAUCACCAAGGCUCUUGACAUGAACUGCCAAGGCUAUGGAAGUCUUUUGAGUCCAUAGUCUCCAUCAGUAAUAAGCAAAAUGGAAGUUCUCUCCUCCCUUCAUAGAAAAGUACAUCCUUCUUUGAAGUCCUUUUCUUUCCACUGGGGUCUCACUCACAGAGAUCCUUCAUGUAGGAUUUUUUUUUUCCACAGUGUCAUGGCUUUCCAUGCCUGAAAUGCUCUCAUGGGCUUUUCAGCCUGAUUAUAGCCUUAAGGGCUAAUUCUGAGGUCAAAGUGCUAUUUAGAGUGCUGUGUGGGCUGCUUCCUAUGUUGGAGCAUUCUCUCCUUAGUUCUAUCUAUUGGUAUUGCCAGGCACUUGAUCUUACUUCUAUGUCCCAUUUAACACUUAAUCCUAUCUAUAUGACCAAUUUAACACUUAACAUGAUCACUUUAACACUUAAGAAGGCGUUAUUAUCACCCAGCUUAAUGGGAUUUGGAGUCCCAUGGCAAGUUGUUAGCUGUACCCUUAGAAGUAUGUCAGUAGGAAUGUAUACAGAACUAUACAGCUCCUCCCUCUAUUAUUCCCACUCUUGUUUUUUACUGGGAUCUAUUUUCACUUGACAUUAUACACAUAUGAUUAAUUAUAUAUUAAGUAAAGAGCUCAACCAAUGGUAUUAAGAAGGAGGAGAAAAAAAACUCCUCGACAGUCAAGACAAGGGCUUUUCAAGUAAUUGCGUCUUAAAGUGUCCAUUUCUCUUCUACAGGUUUCCUUUUAGGUGCUCUGUUAGUUAUCACAGAGCAUGGAAAACAUAUGGUAUUUGUUCAUUUGGGACUGGUUUAUUUCACUAAGUAUGAUGUUUUCAAGAUUCAUCUGCUUUGUUGCAAAUGACGGGAUUUCAUUUUUUUUACUGCUGUGUAGUAUUCCAUAGAGUACAUAUUCCAUAAUUUCUUUAUCCAGACUUCAGUUGAUAGGCAUUUAGUUUGAUUCCAUGUCUUAGCUAUUGGGAAUUGAACUGCAAUAAACAUGGGGGUGCAGAUAACUCUGUUAUUUGCUAAUUUCAUUUCCAUUGGUUAAAUUCCCAGUAGUGGGAAGGCUGGGUCACAUGGUAGGAUUAUAUUCAGAUUUAUGAGGUAUCUCUAACCCGUCUUCCAUAGUAGUUUUACCAGUUUACAUUCCCACCAACAAUGGACUAGGGUACCUUUUUCCUCACAUCCUUACAAGUAUUUGUUGUUUGUUGAUUUCUGCAUAAAAGUCAAUAUAACUAGGGUGAGGUGAAAUGUCAUUGUGGUUUUGAUUUGCAUUUCCCUGACAGCUAGUGAUCCUGAAAAUUUGUUCAUGUGUCUGUUGGCCAUUUGGAUUUCCCUUUUUGCAAAAUGUCUGUUUAAGUCCUCUGCCUGUUUCCUAACUGGGUAAUUUGUUUUGUUGUUAAGUUUCUUUGUAUAUUCUGGUUAUUAAUCCUUUAUCAGUUGCACAGUUUGCAAAUAAUUUCUCCCAUUCUGUCUGUUAUCUCAUCCAUUUCCUGAGUGUUUCUUUUGCAGUACAGAAGCUUCUCAAUUUGAUAUAAUCCCAUUCGUUAAUUUUGGCUUUUAUUGCCUGUGUCUCUUCUUUUCCAGGAAGUCUUUGCCUGUGCCAAUGUCUAUCAGGGUUUCUUCAGUGCUCUCAAGUAAUUUGAUAGUAUAGGGUUGUAGAUUUAGGUCUUUAAUCCAUUUUGAGUGGAUCUUUGUAUAAGGUGUAAGGUAGAGGUGCUGCUUCAUACUUCUGCAUGUGGAAAUCAUUUUUCCCAGCACCAUUUGUCAAAGAGACUGUCCUUGCUUCAGGGAUUUGUUUUAGCUCUUUGGUCGAAUAUAAGUUGGUUGUAGUUGCUUGGAUUGAUUUCUGGCAUUUCUAUUCUGUUCCAUUGGUCUAUCCAUCUGUUUUUGUACCAGUACCAGGCUGUUUUCAUUAUAACUGCCUUGUAGUAUAUCUUGAAAUCUGGUAUUGCAAUGCCUCUGGCUUUGUUUUUGUUGUGUAAGAUUGCUUUAGCUAUUUGAGGUCUCCUGUGGUUCCAUAAGAAUUUCAGUAUCAUUUUUUCUAGACCUGAGAAGAAUGUCUUUGGUAUUUUGAUUGGUAUCACAUUGAAUCUUUAAAUUGCUUUUGGAAAAAUGGGCAUUUUGAUGAUAUUGAUUCUUCCAGUCCAUAUAACAUGGACGAUUUUUCCAUUUUUCUUUUUUUUAUUAUCUUUAAAAAAAUUUUUUUUUGACAGGCAGAGUGGACAGUGAGA